AUGGAUCACAUAAAGCAGGCAAUUGAAAAUGACCCUUACGGAGCUAUCUUUGGAAGGAGACUUGAGCCAUUGAAGUCUUUUGAGAGAUUCGAUAAGACUUUUACAUCCUUAUGUCGUGCGCUGUUUGGGCUCGGUGACAAAUCCUUGGACAAGGCUCAUGCGGAUAUAACCCAUGGGACGCCGCGUACCAUGACGACCACGGCAAGGUCUAAAAAGACCUCGGACACGCUCAAGAAACCUCAGCCAACCGAGUCAGGUAAGCCAAGAGGCCCACUUGCGAUUCACACAAAGAAGAAUGUCACGAGAUACGAGUUCGACCCUAUUAGCGGUCGUAUGAUUCCUAAGAAAGCCAAGAAUCCGGAUGUUGCUGAGAAAGGUGAAGGUGGGAGAAGCCCAGUUCUUUCGGCUGCGGACACUACGUCCGCCUUGGAGACUAUAGGCUAUAUGUCUCCUCUAAUCCGAGAUCCAGUGGAGUCUGGCUCUCAGGAUGCUUCUAUUCAGGAAAAAUGUAAUGGUGACUUGGCGACAGACGUUGCACCAAUGACGGUCGUGAAAAAUCAAUCGCAGAAGACCCCAUCUCGCGCCGAUUCGGAAACGGCUCAGACUGAGUCUACAGAUUAUCUCAAGUUCUCCGAGCGCUCUUCAGAUUCACCGGAAGCGACUGGUAGCCCUACGGAGAGAGCAGCACGAGAGUCAGCCCAACAGGAGAACCUGUCCGAAUUUCCAGAUAGCGACUCGGUCAAGCCAUUCUUAAGACAUGAUGCGCACCAAGGAGCCAUACAAUCGCAAUCACUUCCUGAAGAUCACAUACCUACCCUGGAAAUGGACGGUCCGGUCACCAAUGAUAAGCCAACUUCUUCGAAUUUCGCCAAACUGGACGAGAUUGGAGAGGACUUGGCAAGAUCACAGAAUACAAGUCGGAAACAGGAAGAAGAAGAGCUAGAGUCCUUGAGUGCAAGCGAUAUCCGUGCCUCAUAUCUGAGGAAAGAGCCAGAUCUCGAUGCUCGCGCAUCACAAGACUCGAAUGAGUCGAAUGAAAUGUUGAACUCCCAAACCAACACUACUGGCCAAGUCGAUACAAGCAUUGACCCGGGCAAUGAAUGUUUUCAAGAGGCAACCGACCAAGGCCUUUCAUCCACAACAGAGGAAUUGGUAGUCUCGGACAAGUUUCAAGAUAUGGCCUCAGAGACAGCAAUUGCCUCGGAUCAACUCGCCUUGAAUGAAGUACAGGGAGCUGUGCCGUCUUCGAAAUCACCCAUAACUGUUCCGCACAACCUCUUUGGUCAGGUAAACGCCGAGACUUAUCGCGUGCUCGCAUUUGAUCCCAUCGCUAUUAGUAUAACCGAAGCAGAAACAAGCUCAUCUUUCCAUCCGCCAGAUGAAAUCUCUCACCCCGCCGAGAUACUCAACCGCCUGAACAAUCCUGCAAAGUUCUUACCGUACUUUGAGAAGUUGAAUGACAAUGGGUAUGAGAUUGUCUCUGGUGGUGGGGAUGUUCUCGUCUUCAGAAAGACGCGAAAUUCGUUUGAGCAGAUCGAAGGAGCCAAUGCCGACCCUAAGAAGGGCACAACGCUGUCUUCAUCAAUACUUAAUGACCAGCAGCAGCACGAACAAAACCCUGACAUUGUACUUCAAGGAUCACAAAGCACCACAUCUGGGACCGGGGAAAAGGCCUCGCAAGGAAGUAAGUCCGCGAAAUUCCUCCGCAGAAUGCUUCUUGGUGGCGUGGCUACUGCUGGAACUUGCUACGCGCUAGGCGUUGUCACUGAGUAUUUCCGCACUGGUGGAGAGGACGGGCGUGGAAUCGAUGCCUUUACAGCAUUCGAGUCCGAACGCCGCCGUCGUGAAUGA